CAGCAAAGCACAAAGCUAGAACACUUGGCUCAGCAGUCAUAACUGCCUCUUAAUUCUUGCUGCCUCUUUUAGUUACGUCGAUGGCUUCGAGUACCGACCUCACCGACCGCUUCGACGAGUCUGGGCCGACUCAUAUGAUGCCCACCGGUGGUACUUCUGCGAGGAAGAUUGACUGGGAGAGCGAAGAGCACCGCCGGUGCAUCGCCGCCUGCAUCGUCAAAGGCACUUACGUCCUGGAGAGCGACAGAACCAUGUGCAGGCAGGGCCUGCAGGCCAAGGCGCUAGCGCCGGCGUGGUGGGAGAGCUUUCACUUCCACCUCAAGGACGUGCUCACGGACGACUCUUUCAAGCACAGGGGGGACAAGUUCAUCUUCGGCGCCAUCUACGAGUACGCCGCCCCGGCGGGUGCGCCGCCGCGCCACCCAUCAGCUCCGCAGUACGUCGUCGCCUUCCGCGGUACCAUGAUGCGGCACCCCAAGGCGAUACAAGACGUUUACCUUGACGGCAAAAUAGUGCUCAACUGCCUAAAGGGAAGCAAUCGCUCCCAGCGAGCACACGCCAAGGUCCACGCGCUCCUCGCCGGCAUUGCCAAACGGAAAGAGAGCUGCGUCGUCUGGCUCGCCGGCCACUCUCUCGGCGCAUCGCUGGCGCUGGACGUGGGGCGGACUACGAUGGAGCAUCAGGGGCUGGGCCUCCCGACCUUCCUCUUCAACCCCCCGCAUGUGGCAUCGACACAGGCCAUAAACCUGCUUCAACCGUCGGAGCUGGCCAAGAAUGACCUGUACGCCGCGAGCAACCUCCUCAAGGCCGGCCUCGGGGUGAUCCUCAGUCCCCACCGGAAGCGCAUGGAGAAGCUGUUCCAACAGCUGUCGCCGUGGGCGCCCAAGCUGUACGUGCACGAGAAGGACUUCAUCUGCCAGGGUUUCAUCGACUACUUCCAACAGAGGGAACGGAUGGAGGAGCGCUUUCGCGGCGCCGCCAAGUCGGCCAUGACGCUGUCGUACCGUGACAUGUUCCACCACCUCGUCGGCCAUGACAAGGAGCGCCCGCACCUCCUGCCAUCAGCAACGCUGUGGAAGAACUCCAGAAUUGACGACGCGAGCUGGCUCACCACGCGGUCCAACGCGCACGGCCUCCAGCAGUGGUGGAAAUCCGACGCCCAGCUCACCUUGAGCCCCAGGCAUUACACAUACCCUGUAGCAUAGACUUUCUUUUUUGAUUUUGCUACAUCAGUUGUUGGCCUAUAUAAUUCACUUCAGGGUGGCCCUCCCAAAUGAGAGGACAUCAUUCUUAUUUCUUUAUUGAAGAGAGAGGAAUGUCGUCUGACUGUCUAUAUAUUGAUU